ACAGUAAUACAAAAAAAGUACAACACAAGAAAGCUUGUUCUUUUGGAUGCAGAAUUUUCCUUGUCAAUUGCGAUUGGAUUCGCGUAACCUUCGGUUUUUCUUUUUAGUUCUGCCCCGUCUUUGGUGCGAGAGGACAAUCAAGUGUGCAGGCAAAAAAGCGCGACACAUAAAAGUUAAGCCUCGGUUCAAGAGAAGAACGCAUCCCAGAGAAGCAUCACCGCUGCUAUCGCGCUCAGUUGAUGCUGCGAUAAAAAUUGGUGCAAAGAAAGGGAAAAAAUACGUUUAGGAAGGCGUGUACUUGUGUUGAUACGUAGGGAAGGAUUGUGACAAGGAAGGGUGCCGCAACAACCAUGUCAACAAAAAUUAAUGAGGAGGAAUCGUCCUCCCAUCUGGAUGAGGGUGAUAUUCCGGACGAGUUUAUCGAUGAAGAUGCAGACAAAUUGGGAUACUUUCCGGGCAAAACGAUCACACUGCAAAUGUUGUUAGGCGCGAACGUUCUACAGCCCGGCAAAGGUGCCAUGACGAUUGAAUAUCUGGGCCAAAAGUUCGUCGGUGAUUUAUUGGCGGACGGAAAAAUCAAAUCCCAAGAAACCGAAACCAUUUUCUGUUCGCCGAGCGCUUGGGCCAUCUACUGCAAGCGUAUAAUCAACCCGGACAAAAAGUCUGGCUGUGGAUGGGCUUCGGUCAAGUACAAGGGUCGCAAGCUGGACGCGUACAAAGCAGCGUACUAUAAGAAACAGCAGAAGGAACGCGAUCAGAAAGAUGAAUUACCGAGUGAAGACCCAGUAGAGGAGUUAGAAGAAGAUAAAACGUUCAUGGAACCACCACCGGCUAGACGAAACAUGGUUUCGCAUAACGCAAUCAGCAAUCGCAAUAUCAUGCACGAUUCAAAUACACUCAUCGAGGCGGUUCCAUUCACUGCAAUCGGUAAGAUGCAACCGUUUCUAGUGACAGUGAGCACUUCAACGUUGCUCGUAAUGGAUUUUCAUUGCCAUCUAACUAACUACGAAGUGUGCGGAUAUCUCGGGGGAACUUGGGACAUAAAUGCGCACAACCUAUCUAUUACCCAUGCCUUCCCGUGUCGGAACACGCGACAUGAUCGUGACAAGGCAGCUCUCUGUGAAUUACAAAUUCAGAAGCUAAUGAUAAAGAAAAACAUCAAUUUGGUCGGUUGGUACCAUUCGCAUCCACGCUUCCCGGUGCAACCAACGUUGCGCGACUGUGACGCACAGCUAGAUUAUCAGAUACGGAUGCGUGGACCCACCGAAGCAUCUUAUAUUCCCUGUAUCGGAUUCAUCUGUUCUCCCUAUGAUGAUCAGAACACUGCCCUAGAGUCUAAUGUUAUGUCGUUUUGGGUAAUGCCGCCUCCUGAGAAUCGCCCGGCAGAGUACGGUCGUCCGAUGCUGAUGUCUUACACGCUUGUACAGGACGAAACUCUUUCCGAGGACGUAAAGGAAGAGAUGAUGCUUACCGUCGAUUACUAUAAACAAUUCAAACGGGAGCUGAUUAACUUCCAGUCUAUCUACAUCAAUGACGUCUCAUACAUCGAAAAGUUACGAAAAUCCCUCACACCUCGCUUACCACGCGAUUCCACUUCGGGUCAUUUUUGGAACUGGAUCCGAGAGUUGCUUGGGCUUGAAGCGGAGGAUAUCCCGGAGGUGGUCAUUAUACCGGAUCCGCUACCACCUCCGCCAGUUUCAUUGUCGGAACACCACCAUCCGGAUGGUUCGAAAGGAAACGACGAUGUGACGAUUGUCUCUACAACUCCCGCCUCCAAUCAGACCCAACCAGUAGUAGUUAACUUGGUGCACAGUGCGGAGGAAAGCAGCAUUACCACAGAAACGAAAAACGACGACGAUUUCGAUGGUGCGUCCGAGAUGGGCGAUUCCGAUGUGAUCUCGCUAAAAGACGAUGAUGGCAAACCGACCGGACCUUCCAUCGCCGUACCGAGUUUGCAAGCUCAAUUGAAACGCCCGUCUGGUUUGAAUAUGACACCCUCGCCACUGUCCAGCUCACUUGUGGUGCUUCCAACAAAUAUUAAUCAAACGGGCAAUAAUGGUGGACCGCAUGCAACCCAAACUAUCUCUACCAAUCUUAGCAUGAACAGUGGUGCGAGUGCCGGAAUAGCCAACAAUCAUUUGCAUCAGCAGCAACCGUCUGGGCAGCCAGGACAUAUACUUCCGAUAGGAGCUUCAAAUUCUCUGAACACAACUAACUCUUCAUCGCCACGCGAUAGUCCAAUUACGAUACCUUCAAACUCGGCAAGUCCAGCCAAAUUUGAAAUGCCCGUCCGAGCUAGUCCGUCCCCAGCAAAAUCGGACACUUCGUCGUGUCGCAGCCGCACCCGUAAUUCUCCCGCACCGAGCCCGGGUAAGCUAUCGAUUAGUGACAUUCUCGGUAGUGCGGCCUCUGCCGGAGGUAAUCGAGGAAGCCCUACCCUUAGUUCACUUAUCGGACCGGCUGGUGGCUCCGGGGGAUCUGCCAGCGGACCAGGUAGUGCUGGCAACAUUCACGAUCUAUAUGCAGCUACGUUCGCCUCUCUCGGUAGUGCACUUCCUUCCAAUUUGUUGCCUCAGGAUUAUGCCGUACUAUUUGGACAGGGUUCGGGUGGACAGCAAGGUGGCAAGACACAGCGUGGAGACGAAUACGGAUUAUCCGCAUUGACGGCACUAGCACAGGUAGCUGCAGCGUCUGGUCUGUCUAAUUCGCAGAUCAACGAAACGUUGCUGCAUAGCUUAAAUCGUAGUAUAUCGUCAAAAGCGGGUGGUUCCAGUGUUACAUCAUCUGCUGCGCAGGCGGCCUCCACCAUCACGUCUAACAGCAACUCAUCGGUGUCGACAGCCAUGCUCGGCGGUGCGGUAGGUGCUAAUUCCUCCUCUGUAUUGCCACCUAUACCGAACAUGAAAGAAUUUAUGCAGCAGCUCGAGAAAGGCAAUCUCAGUCUUUUUAUGCAAUCGCAAUACGGUAAUCCGCUGGUCGGCAUGGCCGGAAUAACUUCCGGCGGUCCUAGUACUCCCGGUGCAAAUACUAGCACUGGAACUGGAUCCGGUGGAAGUCCUAGCACUGGUAAAUUGGGCCGCACCGGUGGGAAAUCUCGCUCGAAAGCGAAUCAACUGCAACAGCAACAACAGGCAGCAGCGGCAGCAGCAGUAGCCGCCCAACAGCAACUACAGCAAGCACAGCAAGCACUUUUGCAGCACCAGUCGAUGAUGGAGUAUGCCGAUUUCUCGUCCAAAUUUGACCAGGGAAAGCUGGCCGAUUUAAUGAAAUCGCCUGAAUACUCCCAAAUGUUGUUGCAACAAGCUCAAGCGCUUGAGAAUCUUGGUAGUGAAAUUUCCAUCAUCAAGAAACCAUCGUCGGGCUCGUCAAAGAGCAAUUCCAAUUCGAAAGAUCAAACGGGCAGCCAGAUGGGUACGGGUUCGUCUGGUGGUUCAUUGAUGUCGAGUUCAAAUUCAAGCGUAAAAAAGGAAGCAGCUGCCAAUGAACUAAUCGGAAAGCUUCGGACUAUUUUCUCCACGGACGCCUAUUUACCGCCCGUACCGACUACUGCCGAUAUCAAUCUGCUUGUGGAACAAUCGCAAAAGCAUCCAGUGGUGCAACAGAUUCUUAACUCUGGCAACGUGGACGACAUUCAAGUGCUUCUCAAGGCACAAUCGCUCUCUAACAAUCAGCUCGAUUUUGCUGCCUUUUUAGGACACAACGGUGGAGGAUCCGGAGGAGGUUCGGGCACGAAUGGGAACACAGCACUAAAUCUUGGUAUGCUGGGCGCUGGUAGUACAGGUUGUUCCUCCGACGGACCAUCAUCAUCGGUCAAAUCGUCGUCUUCCGGUAUGAAAGGUGGGGCAGGAGGAGCAAUGGGAAGCGUUGCUGCUGGUUUAAAAGAUGGUGAUAUGACAGCAGCGGCCGCAGCAGCAGCCGCGAUAAAUCCGUACCUUGCCGUACCCAAUCUGUCUGCCCUAUUCGAACCGAUUCAGCGCAUGGGCAGUUCGGGUGGUGGUAAACCAGGCGGCAAGAGCGAUAAAGCGUCGAAGGCAGCUUCUGCAGCCGCAGCCGCGGCGGCCGCAGCGGCAGCAGCUGUUAGCGGAGGCUCUCUCACCAAUCCGGCCGAUAUGCUUAACAGUUUGUUCGCAUCGGCGGUUGGAGCAGCUGGAGGCGCACAACCAAGUGCGGCGGACAUGAACGCAUUGCUCUACAGUCAGGCGGCCGCAGCAGCCGCCGUAGCGGGUGGUAAGGGUGUACCAGAUUUGAACUUAUUGUUCGGUUGUGGUGGUAGUGGUGCCGGAAUUCCAAGCUCCAAUUCAGCUACAUCUUCGCCGGGAGGCGGUAGCUCAGGAACAGCGGGACAAAUGGGAACAGUUGGAACGGGUGGUUCCGGUGGAACUAAUGCCGGUGCAAAAUCUGCUUCAGCAGCCGCGGCAGCAGCUGCAGCAGCCGGUCUGGACUAUCUUUCUAUGUUCCCGAACUUCUCAGCGGCUGCAACCAAAAUGCCCGACAUGUCUGCGCUGUUCGCGCAGGAUAAAUACGAAAUACCAGACCCACUGUCGAAAGCAACGCUCGAGGCAAACAACAUGUAUUUGGCCCCGUCCGCAUCGCUUCUUAAAUUGCACCAGGAUGCGUUCAACUCGAUGCUGAUGAAACCACCGAAAUCGUCAGCCUCAUCGACUGCUUCUUCGGCAGGUAAAAUCGAAACUCCACCACUGCCAUCAACGGGGCAAGGAACAGUAGCUUCCCUCAUUCCCUCACCCGGUUCAGGUUUAACACUAAACAAGUCAGCCAGCAGUCGUGAAAGUCCAUCCCUCAGCACUGGUGGAAGCGGUCAAAGUUCAAAGUACAAUUUCUCUGCCGUUGAUCUGGCCGUUUCGAGUGUCGUACCACUAGCAGCCAGCUCACCACUCGGCGCUGCUGCAGCUGAUCUUUCGAAGAAAUCGUCUUCCCAAACACCGCCGAUCGAUAUGUCACGAUCAUCCCCAGCCAUCGCGGGAACAACAGCGGGUAGCGGAACGGAAACGACAUCACCUAGCAGCGUAAGUGGAAGUAUAAUACAGCCACCUUACAAAAAGCGUAUGGAGUUCGCAUCAAUCGCGGAUCUUGUCGCAGCGCCACCUGCAAAAAUGCCGAAAAUGUCAACUGAGAAUCUGGAUCCAUGAUGGAGGGUCAAUGAGAAAUGAACAGCGUUAUCUGCAAUCAGGAAGGAAGAACUCGAUUGAUGCAAAAACCUGCUCCAAAUUGAAGGAUAAUUGAAGGAGUCUCGCAGCCGCACAUUCACCGCUUCUCUUAAAAGCACUAUUUAUUACCCAUAUUGGAAGGCAAGAAAGGAGAUUGGGUAUGACUUAUUUUACUUAAUAUUUUUUACCCAGAGACGAAGGUGUGAUGAAGGAUGAAAUGAAAAAGCAGAUAGAUAUGUAUAUCAUUAGAAGAGAUGCUACCACGUUCAUAGCGUCAGAUUGUCUGUAUCGUUGUCGUUAGGAACGGUGGUUAGGGUGGAUCAGGAUGAUGGAUGGAAGAUGGAUGGUUAGAUUCACAUCAUUUAAUAAAAACAAUAAUUAGUUUGAGGAAACGGAAAUGUGUUAGUGAACAUGAAUCUCAUCAUGAAGAAAUGCAAUCAUUUCAAUCGAUGAGUACAUGCAUAAGUAAAAAGAUAUUACACACACACAUUAUAUAUAUAUACUGAGAAUCUGGAUCCAUGAUGAGGGGUCAAUGAGAAAUGAACAGCGUUUAACUACAAUCUGGAAGGAAGAACUCGAUUGGUGCAAAACCAAUCAUCAAUCAUAUAAACCAUUUAUAUAUAUAAAUGUAUGUAUCGAGGAGCAGUGUAGUGGAAGAAAAUUUGUUCGAUUAAUUUUGAAAAAAUGGCAAACGAAAAACUUAACGAAACAGUAGUGCAGAGUAAACAUUACAAAUAAAUAGUCCCUCCAAGGGUCACAUACAAUGAUACACAAAUUUGUUAGGUAAGAGAAAAAUUGGCUCGCCUAGCUUGACAAAUAAUAGCGUACGCUUUCCAUCAUGUAUGGAACCAUCGUAAACCAGCGCUAGGUGAAGUGCUAGGAUGAUAUAUUAACCAUAAUCUUUAAUUGCAUGUUGCGAGCCUGUGAGAUUUUGUUCCAAUGGAAUUACACCCUUGCCACCAAUUUCAGCAACCAUCUGUUGGAGCGACUUAAGUAUUAGAAGAAUAACAAUAAAUGCAUUGAUAGUAUUUUAUGUGUGAUCGCAAGA